AUGGAAUAUUCUGAUCAGCUGGGUUUCAACCUAAAACAUGUCCUGAAAAAGCUGGACAAGACUGAGUUGAACAAUUUCAAGAGUAUAUUAAAGAGCUGUUCUCUCUCAGAGACAAUGAAACAGAUCCCCAAGCUGACAAUGGAUCUAGCCAAUGGAGCUCAGCUAGCAGAAAUUCUCACAGACUAUUGCCCCAGUGAUUGGGUAAAGAGAGUCACCGUCUGGAUCUUAGAGGAAAUCAACCGUGCAGAUCUAACUGAGUUAAUAAGGAAGCAAAUUAAAGAGCACAAGCAAAAAAAGAAAUGGAAGAAUAUAUACACAGAAAAAUGGAAGAAGAACUUCUGGCCUAAAUGCAAUAAAGAAAUCUAUGUGGAUACUGAUAGCUACGGAACACUCCUGGCAUUGUGUAACCCGAAGACAGAAAAGCCAUUUGCUCAUACAAUUGUGCUGCAUGGCCCUCCAGGCUCUGGAAAAACCACAAUGGCAAAGAGGCUAAUGCUAGAAUGGUCAGAGAGUAAGCAAGCCCAGACUUUCUGGUUUGCCUUCUACAUCAGCUGCAGUGAACUUAAUAAUAGUAAACCUUGCACUUUUGCCCACCUCCUCUCCAUGGACGAUGCCUCCUGGAGGGAUUUUGUGAUGCAGGGUCUAUUCCUGGGAGAGAAAUUCUUAUUUGUGGUGGAUGGUUUUGAUGAGCUGACAUUCCCAGCAGAAGCUCUAAUCAGUGACAUCUGUGGUGACUGGGACGCAGUGAAGCCUGUAGAGGUCUUACUGGGCAGUUUGCUGAAGAGGAAGCUAGUACCUGAUGGCACACUGCUGGUAACCACACGGACACAGGCUUUGCACCAAAUCUACCUCAUGAUGGAUCAGCCUGUCCUAGUAGAAACUCGAGGCUUCUUCGAGCAGGAAAAGCAGGAGUACUUUCAGAAAUACUUUGAAGAUGAAGAGGGUGAGGAGGAGGAUAACGGUAGGGGAAAGGCACUGAGAGCUCUCAAGGAAGUCAGAUGCAAUGCUGCUCUCUUCCAAAUGGCCUCACUUCCUGCUGCAUGUGGGAUAUUCUGCCUCUCUCUGGAGCUAGGGAUGAAGAAGGGGAAAGACCUGGCUCUGAUAUGUAAGACCCACACCUCUAUGUUCCUGAACUUCCUCUACAGUAUCUUCUCACCAGAAAUCUGUGAGGGCCAUCUCAACAAGCAACUCCAAAUCUUAUUCAAGAAAAUAUGUAUCUUGGCUGCCAAUAGUCUCUUGGAACAGGCGCCCACACUCCAUGAAGAAGACUUCUUGAAAUUAAAAUUGAACCUGAAUAAAUUGCACCCCGUGUGCAGGUACAUCCUCCCUAAGGACAGUUCCAGUACAAACUGUCUCUCCUUCAUCUGCCUCACUAUCCAGCAGCUCCUGGCUGCCAUAAUAUUUGUUCAGGAACUUGGGCAAGAAAGCAAGGGUGUCUCUAAAUAUAGUAUACAUAAUAUGCUUUCAAAGGAAGCAAGAUUAAAAAACCCCAACCUGUCUGGAAUGCUGCCAUUUGUAUUUGGCCUCCUGAACAAGACUCAUAUUCAAGAGCUGGAGACCAUUUUUGGCUGCCAAAUAUCAAUUGGGGUCAAGAGAAAAUUCCUGGAGUGUGAGUCAGAGGAAAAUAAACCCUUCCUAUUACUGAUGAAUAUGCAGGAGAUCUUGUCCUGUCUCUAUGAAUCUCAAGAGGAGGGGUUUGUGAAAGAAGCCAUGGCCCUCUUUGAGGACAUCUCCUUGCAUUUGAAAACCAACACGGACCUCAUCCAUGCUUCAUUCUGCCUCAAGAACUCUCGGAACUUGCAGACAAUGUCCCUGAAAUUAGAAAAAGCUGUCUUCCCAGAGGAUGUUGCUACACUGGAGUCCACUACUAAGGAUCAAAGGUCCCAGGGUGAACGACACAUGCUAACUUUCUGGACAGACUUUUGUGAUACAUUUAAUUCAAAUGAGAAACUGGUCUUUCUAGACAUCCACGACAGCUUCCUCAACAGCUCCUCGGUGGAGAUUCUUUGUGAAAAGCUGCUCUCUGCUUCCUGUUGUCUCCAGAAAGUGGUCCUCAGAAAUAUCUCCCCAGAUGAUGCAUAUGAGAAAUUGUGCCUCGUUUUUAAUGGUUAUGAAACCAUCUCACAUCUGACCCUACAAGGUGGUAAACUGGACAGCACACUUCACUCACUGUGUGAGGUUCUGAAAAAUGCAGCAUGCAACCUAAAGUUUCUCAGCCUGGGAUCUUGUUCUACUACUGCUCAGAAAUGGGAUGACUUCUUCCUAGCCCUGAAGGUCAAUGAAUCCCUGAUAUAUCUGGAUCUCACAGACAACAAUCUCUUGGACAAGGGUACUAAGCUGCUGUGUAAGACUUGGAAGCAACCCAAGUGCAUACUGCAGAGGGUAUCGUUGGAGAACUGUAAUCUCUCUGAAGACUGUUGCAAGGACCUCUCUUCCAUUCUGAUGGUCAGUCAGACUCUGACACACCUCAGCCUGGCCAGGAAUGAACUUGGGGAUAACGGAGUGAAAAACCUGUGUGAAAGCUUAAGCUACCCCGAGUGCAAACUACAGACCUUAGUACUGUGGUCCUGUAACAUCACCAGCAAUGGUUGCGUCCAUCUCUCAAAGAUGCUAAGACAAACACAGAGCCUGAAGCACUUGGAUCUGGGGCUAAAUCACAUUGGAGCCACAGGUGCAAAGUUUCUGUGUGACGCUUUGAAGAACCCAAAGAGUAAAUUGCAAAGUCUGUGGCUCUGUGGAUGCUUCAUCUCUCCAUCAAACUGCCAAGACUUCUCUGAGACUCUCAGAAGCAACAAGAGCCUGAACACUCUAGAUCUGUCUCAGAACACCAUGGGAACUGACGCAGUAAAGACGUUCUGUGAAGCCUUGAAACUUAAAAUUUGCCCCCUCCAAACACUCAGGUUGAAAUUUGAUGACACUAACCCCAGUAUCCAGAAGCUGAUCCAAGAAAUGAAGGAGAGUCAUCCACAACUGAGCAUUACCAGUGACCAAGUGGAUCCUAAGAAAAAGGGUCCUUCUUUCCCUCAUUUCAUUUUUUGA